UACGAGUACGACAUGCAUCGGGAUAGAGACGUCGAUCUACGCGCACGCAGAAUGCUUGACUUUAUAUGAGGCGCAGAAUGCCUCAUUGUUGGCAGCUGCAGGGUGCCGCUGUGGAGACAAAAUCAAAAUAGUUUGUUAUCCAUGUUCAAGCCACAAAUGCACUCUUCUUCGUACUCAGAACGGCUAGGGGCGCAGAGAAGUGCACACAGUCAUGGGUAUCAUUGUUUUUCUCGUCGACACAAGUGCGUCGAUGAAUCAACGCACAUACUCAGGUGUAACUUUGCUUGACAUCGCGAAAGGUGCUGUGGAAACGUUUGUGAAGAUACGAGCAAGAGUACCCAACAACCUCGAUCGAUAUAUGCUGGUAACGUUUGACGAGCCACCAUUUUGUGUAAAGUCUGGUUGGAAAGAGCCCCUGUCAACGUUCACAUCGGAGCUCAAGUACAUGAGAGCGUCUGGAACUUCUACUACGGGUGUUGCCUUGAAGGAGACGUUUGAUCUGCUCAACUUGCCACGCGCUUCAUCCAAUACGGAUUCUUAUGGAACUGGACGCAAUCCAACGAUACAGGAACCAGCGGUUAUUAUCAUGCUUACCGACGUGGGGCGCAUGCACACUAGCACAUGCAGUGUUCUUGACCAGCUUGAGUUACCGAUGUCAACCAGCCUGUUUGGGUCGGACCUGACGAAGGAGCCAUUCCGGUGGGACCAGCGUUUGUUCACACUGAUGUUGCGCAUUCCUGGUCGUCACCCGUCGUUGUACGAGCGUGCCAACCAAGCCACCUUCACUGAGUUGGACCUGUCGUUGAUGAGUGAUGCUACAGGAGGCAAGUCUUACUUGGUGACGUCUCCUAAGGUCUUGCAGCAAUGUCUCGAGUCCAUAGCCUCGAAAGUUAUUCAUACUGGUGUAGUUCUGCGCUUUGAGAAGCAAGCUGGUAGUGAGCCUGCGUUUGCGCUCUGCGGCCAGCCAAUCGCCGAGUCUGUCAAUGGAACUUCGCUUCCCGGAGACGAGCCAAUGGAUCUGUUAGAAGAUACCACAAACCCUGGUCCGGUGUCCAACGGUGCCCAGUCGCGACCAGAUGGCGCAAGGACGAUAGGCAGGUCGACUUCUCUACGAGAUGAGGAUACUGGCGAUCAGGGACGACCUGACGCGUCAUCUGGCGCGUCUGCCAUGUCUGGGCCGACGCCUCUGCCGUGGCACUCGUGCAUGCGUAUGAUCUACGUCAAGCACGACCCUCGCACAGUACCUCCACGGCCUCACUGGCCCAUUCCCGAAGGCUUCUGGCAAGAUUCCAGCAUGGCAUCACUGCCGGUGCGCAAAGCACACCCCAUAAUCGUCUUCUCAUGUAACUCAAACCCCCCGCUGACGAUAAAUAAGCUGCCGUUCGAUAAAUAUGAACUAGAACCGUCGCCGUUAACACAGUUUCUUCUUCAAAACAAGCCGCCCAAUGUUUGCUGGCAGGUUUUCGUGGAAAAGAGUCCCAGAAAUGGUGGACUUGGGGCACCGUUUGGCUACCUCAAAACUAGCGUGAAUGGAAAUUGUGUCAGUCUGUUCGUCAUGCCGUAUAAUUACCCUGUCUUAUUUCAACUUCUUGAGGAGCUGCAGAAACAAAAGUUCAAGCCGAAUCAUGGCCUCGCACAAGAGUUCAAUCGAUACGUGUACUCCUUGCCCAUUUACUACAUCAUGCCAUUGCGCAAUGCGCUGAACGCUCUCGGAGGAAGGGCCGCAGCAGCGCUUGUAGGAGAUGGAUUGCCGAGUCUAAAUCCUGCGCUAGAGGCACACCUGAACAGUAUGAAGAAGCAGGGUAAGGAGAUGUAUGACAGAGUAUGUCACCAGCUGGGCAAGCGCUGUGCAAAGGAGAAUGGGGAGCCCAACUCGCCUUACCCUCUGAAAGAGCCAAUCCGUCUCCAGAUGUAUCGCAAUCCUUUCGAUAUAUCUCGCUCAAGUAUGGUCGACCAGUUGGCGCGAAUGCGGAAGAAUGUCACAAUGCAGUGUAACGCUAGUGGCGCCAGGACACGUCUGCAGGAUGAAGAGGAGCGCCACAGCUUGCCAGUUGCCCAGACUGGCAAUUACCAGGAGCACCUGAAGCGGAUCAGCCCACUGCGUGAUAUUGAUGUCAGUAUAUCUGGCGAGAGCAAGACACAACUAUUCGGAAACCCGUUCCGGCUGGAGAGCAAGGGCAGAGGUGUUGGUUUGGAUGAAGCUAACGAAGCAAUUGUCGGCGUCGGUGACUCGCCUGGCAAGCGGCCCGGAUCGCCACCUGGCGGUGGCAGUCUAAAACGGUCUCGAUCGUCGACACCGCGAGCUCAGCGCUUUGCCACUGCACUGCUGCGUAUCGGUACCAUGCCAGCUUCACCACUGUUGUCCAGUCCAACUUCGCCGAGUACGUCAGCAGCAGCAUGCACAACCGCUGCUAGCAGAGCUGAUACGUCAAAUGUUCGGCCAGCAGCACUGCCGGCGAGCAGCGGUGAUCGCGCGUGUGCUCUGUUGUCUGCUAGCUCAGCGACAAGCUCUGCCUCAUCGAAGAACUAUGCACUCACGGCAUCAACGACUUCUGGUGAAUCCUCAGCCUCAGCAGCGACAGCAACUGCAGCAGCUUCAAGUACAACGGCAGCGACGGCAACAACCUCUGCUACUGCGGUUGCUGCGGCUAGCAGUGGUGUGGCACACGCCAGAUCUGCAAAUGACAAUGGAAAUAUCAAAACGCUUAUGAUGAAGGAAGUUCGCAAGCCAGGCAAAAGUGCUGAUCGUAUACUGGAAAUGCUUGCAGAGAGCAAGGGUACGACGCAAGAACGUGUAGCACUCGCCAAGGAUAUUCGCAAAGAGGCGCUACGCUUCAAGCGCCACAAACUGGUCACACAGAUUGACAGCUGGAUACAAUCUCAGCUGGCGUCUGACAGCUCAUCUGCCAGUAGUGGUGGUAGUGCCAGUUAAGGCUAGUUAAUGCUAGUGAAUGCUCAAUGCUCUGACUCUGUUGUAGUAUGUGUAUAGAUGGUCGCUUAGGUGCCUGCUAUGGGAACGGUAUGCUCACAUGUGCGUAUGUGGGAACGGCAUGCUGUGUGGUUUUAACAUUUAUGGGUGCAGUGUGCAAGGGUGUAUGAUUGGUGACUUAGGAGAGACUUGAUCAGCCUAUAUAUUCAUGCAUUUGCUCAUCUAAGACGGGUAUGCCACCAUUUUGUUGCUGUUGUUGUUGUCCUGUUGGCCACCUUGACUUGCAGUGCUGGUAUUAGUCGGUGUUGGUAGCACUAGUUGUCGGCGGCUGCUGCUGCGGACUAUGCCUGGCUGGUUGUUACUGUUCGCCAGUGUUGCGUAGUGUCAGCAGGGCUGCUGCUAGUUGCUAUUUGCUCAUACGGUAUUAUUACCAUAGUUGUUUCCCUCAUCUUUUUACAUAGUAGUUACGUGAUUCUUGACCGGUCGUUUUUCAACAUCUCAAACUUUUAUUCAUUUUAUCUCAUGUUUUAGAGACACGCUAUUCUUAGGAUUGAGACAAUGUCAUUGUCUUUUCUCUCUCUACCUCUCUCUCUCCUCUCCUCUCCAUUCACGUGUAGCUAAAUCUUCUUUACUCCGAUCCCGCUACAUUGUGUCCCAAUGUCGCUGUCUUUGCUGCUGUUUGUUUCGCUUAGGUCUUUCACUGCAUUUAGUCUAAUCGCUUCUUAUGUUUCCCAACUCACCUACAAAUGCAGCAGAUGCAUUUACUUCUGCGAUUUCUCUUCCUGCUCGUCACACUUUUCUUGUAUGUUUUUGUUCAUCACCAUUCCAUUCAUUACUACACAUUGUCCUCUGCUGAUUAUGUCCAGCACUGCACAGUAGAAGCCAAGAAAAAGAAGACGAUUUCGAAUUA